CGCGGGGAGGCUUUUACAGCCCAAUCAGCAUGCAUCGUCAGCCAUAUUGUAACUUUUUCUGAAGUCGGUUCAAGUUUUGUGGACCAGCUGUGCGCGGAUUUCCUCUAAAGGAGAACCAGGAGCUGGAGUACAAGCGGCCUGCAGCAGCAUGAAUACAGCCCGGUUUGUAGUCGCCAUGCGCAGAGGAGGUGCGCAGACCUUCAGACGACCUCAGCUCCUCCUGGCUGCUUAUUCUCCCACAGUUCAGUGCUGUCUGGAAUCAACCCAGGCAGUUCCUGCCGCCCGGCUUCCCUACAGGGUGAAGCUGUCUGCUGGAAAACACUACGCCUGGUGCGCUUGUGGCCACAGCAAGAAGCAGCCUUUCUGCGACGGCACUCACACGAAAAAAGCUCCGAGUAUCUCUCCUUUUCGCUUCACCCCCGAGAAAGACAGGACAGUCCUGCUGUGCGCCUGCAAGCAAACCAAAAACGCUCCGUACUGCGACGGCUCGCACCUCAAAGUCAUCUACCAGGAUGUAGUGAAGUAUCUGAAAGGCAUCUUUAAAUGAUGUCUUCUUACAGGAAAUAAUGCAUCAUAAUCAUGUUAUCCAAUAGUUUUCAGGUUAAAAAAGUCCUCUUUUUUAUAUUAAAAUCAUGUAAUGCUGCUUUGUUUGUUUUGGGUAAAUCAGAUGGGGUUUUUUUGUUGUUAUAAACUGCUUUUGUAUGUUAACCUUUCAGUACAAGUAUAUAUUCCAUUAAAAUGCUUUGUGGGCAAACUUUGUGUUAAUGUCACAAUGACAUCACCUGGGGCAGCAUUUCCAACACCUCCUGCGUGACUCCAGACCUCCUGAGUCGGCCCCUUAGAGGAGUUUCCACUAAAGUUUUGGUAACCUUUGAAAGUCUAGUGUGUUGGCUUUAAAAUGUAUUCUUGGUUUAACCUUGUCCUGCCUACUCGUUACUUUUUAUCAUGUGCAUUAUGUGUUUUUGUAAAUCUGCUUUUGGCGCUGUCCAAAUAAAAAUUAUGAAUGUUUUUCUUCUUUUUAUGGAGGCUUUUGGACACUUAUUUUCUUGUGUGAAGAUCUUUAACUCUACUGAAUUACUCAUUGAACUGACCAAUCACAAUCGCUAAUUUCACCAGUGCAGUAUUCAGUUUAUCCAGUGUGGUACUGAGUCACAGUCCGAUCACUGCUUUUGUCCAGGGGUGGAUCAAGAAGGGUGGCAUGGGGUGGCAUGUGCCACCCUAAAAUGAUCUCUUGCCACCCAUAGUGCCACCCUAGUUUUGCAUAUGACAGUGUUGUUUAUUAACAGAUAAGAUAGCAUUAACACUUUGAGCCUGGCUAUUCUAAAACUGAAUACAUUGCACAGUGUUCCCCACCACCACCACCAUUAGCAAAUGAUCCAGCCCAUAGCACAGAAAAUUUGUAAAAUUUAAGCAUGUAACAAUUUGAUUUUUUUCUAACAAAAAGCAGUGAAACUUAAGUUAGACUUGUGUGUGUAAAUGUGGUGUAGCAAUAUAUUUAUAAAUUUAUUUAUUUAUUAUAAAGGUACAUAAAAUCACGUUUUAAGUAACUGAAAUGUUUAAUCAUGUAGGCUACAGAAAAUAAUUAAGACAAUAUUUAUAUGAAAUGUGUAUACUUACUGCAUUUGAAUCUGCAUAUGUGGUUUUUUUUGUUUGUUUUUUAAAAAAAGGUUUUGAUUGCCACCCCAUUAGAUUUCCAUGCCACCCUAAGAAAGUUUUUCUAGGUCCGCCCCUGCUUUUGUCAGCUAGAAGCAGCAUUGCAUGUUAAAUACUAUUUCUGUGUUGUUAUUUGAGGUCAAAUGCAAUAAACUUGGUAAAUAUAUUUUGCUUGUUUAGUUUCAUAUGAAAUCUGACACUAUGAAAUAAUUUUGAAAAAGGCAGCUAUAUUCUAUUUAUCUGCUUUGGCUUUGAGCUAAUCCUCAAAAUAAGAAAAUAAUAAUCAGUCAGCCUUGUUUAUUCUAUCUAAAGCUUUGUUGAAUAUUUUUUAGUAUAUCCACUUUGACCUGCACUCUGAAGUGUUUUGUGUGGAAAGUAUAAUCGUUAAUAUUUUGCCCUUUGACCCAUUUUAUUUGAAAUAUUAUUUGUGAAGAGUAUCAUUAUUAUGGUUUACUCCAUAAUCUUCAGUUAAUCAGUGUGUUAGACCAGUUCAGCCAAAGGAAAGUUAUCUCAUAGUAAACAUUAAACAUGGGAAUAUCACACAUACAGUACUAAUAGAUAUUAUUUUUGGUCACAUAGACGCUUCAUAUACUUUAGAAAUUUUACAUUUGUCUCACAACACAGGUUGUUUAGAGAGCAAAUGAUCAGUAUUUGUCUAAGAUGUGUGUGUGUGCUGAUAUUGUCCCAAGAGUUUCUACAUGAAGCUCUGAGUAUAGUUGGAGACAGAGAGCACCUGCGCCCCCUGAAGGCCUUUCUGUGUAUGGCACUUUUUAAGUCGUUUGUUAAGGGUUAACCUGUGGAGAGGCUUUUGAAACUGUAUUUCAAUAAACUAUCUUCUGGAAUCUGAAGCUGCAUCUCUGUAGGAAUAGUUUUAAAAAGUUUAGUUUAGAAACAGAUUAGUUGCUCUUCCGCUCCAGGUUUUGACACAAUUGUGUAUUUCGUAUAAAGUUUCUCUGCAUGAUCUGCUGAACUAUAUUUUGCAAACUAUUUAUCUGACAUUUUCAA